UUGCCACAUCGUGCAACUUGUUUUAUUUUUUUAUCGAAGGUGAUCGAUUAGAUAUGAUUGUCUGUUCGGACUUUAUUGUUAGGCUUUGUACCCCAUUGUUAAAAUGUAGGUGGACGGGGAAGGCUGUCCCUCUAAAACGGGCGUCGGAAGGAGAGGUCUUCCUGGGCGGUAUUAGGUAUUUACGCGUGGGCAACGACCGAGCACUUAUUGUAUUGUGACCUGACGUUCCUCACGUCCCCCUCACGUUCACACAUUUCUGCUCGUGACACGGUCGUGAACAGCGCGCUUCCUCGGACGUCUGACUUCCAGCCCUCGAGUGACCAGCCACCAGGCGGGACCCAAGAGCCUCUGUAGUAAAGAGUGCGAGAGAGGAAAGAUUGUCCUAGUGGUCAGCAGCAUCAGGCGUUGUUGCCAGGCGGUGCAUUUUUGAGCCCUGUUGUGCGAGCUGAAGUCGCUCCUCCUCCUCCUCUCUCUCUAGUCUGGGGCAGGACCCUGUCUUGGCCUCACUCCUUUCCGCUCGUGGCACCCGGGGUUUCUCUCGGAAUAUUUUGGGGCGAAAAGAAAGGCUUUGCGAGUUGCCCCCCCCACUCGCCCUGCCUGGUGCUGAGUUAAGGUACCUGUGGAGAGACGGAAGAGUAAAUCGAACGCGAGGAAAGCGCGGAAAUAAAAGUGUUUGUGUGCAAUUCUUGGAACUGUGCGAGUGGGUAGUUCCCCUGGUGUUGGAGACACGAGGAACGGGCGUGCUGUUGCUGCUGCAGCUGCAACACUUCCUUGCAAAGUCUCUGGUGGCAGUGACAAGGAAGAGCUUUACCUUCGCUAGACCAAUGGAGAUUACUCUCUUAACGCUCAUACAAGUAGGAGUCUUGGGUAUAGUGUUUGGAAGUGUGAAAGUACUUCUCUUUGUGUGUUCAUUUAUAACCACAGGGACAUCAUGGAUGGUGCAAGUAGUCCUGUUUUUACAGGAUUUCCUCUUCCACCCAUUAUCUUUACUCCAGACAUGUCACCGAGAAAUCAUGAGUCUAGCCCUAUGGACGUGCCGGGUGCUAUGGAACACGGUGCUAGCGGCAACAAAUCUGGUGCUAGCAGCCCUGGUGUGGACUUCCAUUCCAUCGGUUCAAAGGAAAGUCCUCUGAAGGGGAAGGGGGGGGCACUGCUACACCAUUUUUUGCACCCCCUCGAUUACUACCACCAGCAUCAGGCCAAAAGGAGAAGCCGCAAUAAUUCAAUAUGUAGUGACCAGGGAGACAUAACCCUUGAACUUGCAAAUGCUCAUGCCCAAGGACAGGCACAGAAAGAAAAAGAAAAAACAUUCCGCUCAAAGACGCCUGACCCUCCGCGAGUGCAGAGGCAGGAGAGAGAGAGAUCCCGCACACCUGAACCAUGGCCAGUCUACAGACCCCAAGCACGACAGCGACCACGCCCAAAAAACCUAUUUAUCCCAGUACCAAACCAGCCCCAGUCAAGAGGUAGUCCUGUGGGCACAUCCCCAACAAAUCGAAGGGGCAGUGCUACAGAAAGCAUUCCAAGUAUAGCCAGUAGUGAGAGUGGCAGUAGCACAGGGAGCAGUAGUAGUUAUACUGGUAGUGAAAGUGAGAGUGAGAGUGAAGAGGAAAAGCCUAAAACCUGGACAUCUGGAGUACGGACUUUAGGACAGGAGUAUAACCAAGUCUCAACUUCACCUGACAAGGAGCAGGCAUCUUCUCCCCCAGCCACCAGCCCCAGCAUACAGGCCAAAAGACCAUCCGUGAGUUUACCAAUUGACCAAAAUGCCCGGCCAAAAUCACCCCAUAAUUUUCAUUUCCCCUUUGACUACUUGUACAGAAGAAGCUCCCUUUCAAAGUCUUCACGUAGAGGCAGCAUUGAAUCUCCACUUGCACAGAACAGUUUCCCAGGACCAACUAGCCCCACUGAAACAAAAACUGAUUCCCUUAAGGUGCCAAAACCCCACUCUCCCUUCAACUGGUAUAGGAGAAGGUCCAUGUCAAAGUCCCCCAAUAGGCCUCCCCAUGCUCCUGUGGGGCAGACAACUAGCUCACCCACCAAGUCGCCCCAAAUGCAUCCAGCAGCUAAGAGUAGACUCAGCACACCAACGAGCGCAGCUUGUGAUAUCGAAAGCAACGCCUCCAAGGGUUAUUCCUUCACAAAAACACAGUCUCUUUCGCACUUUAAAAGAUCCUCAGGGGAAGCACACGGAGAGAAAAAAGGUGACUCAGAAAUAGAUAGGGAAAAUCAGGCGAAGGAUAUGGACAGCAGCUGGGAGAGUUUCUGGAGCGACAAUCCAGAUGGAAAUGCGUUGCGUUCCAGGAAAGACAAGCCUCGGAAGGGCAUUGAAAAAUCGUCAUCGGUGGAAAAAUUAUAUCACAUAUAUGAUCAGAUUAUCAAAGAAGGUCAGAUGCGAAGACACUCCUCGGAGACAGACAAGAGGCGACAUGGCAGUGGCACCCUCUCGCACACGUACAUGCGAGGCGAGAUGGAUCCCAACCAGGCAGCCAUCCUGUUUCGGGAUUCUCGAGGGUUACCUGCAGCAGACCCAUUCUUGGAGAACAUCAGUAGGAGUGACUUAGAACAAGAUGAAUCACAGAUCUUCGUCAAGUUCUUCAAGUUCCACCACACAUACGACCUCAUUCCUCUCAGUGCCAAGCUUGUGGUGUUUGACACAAAGUUACAGGUUAAGAAGGCAUUCUUUGCUCUAGUGUAUAAUGGCGUACGAGCUGCUCCGCUCUGGGACUCCACUCGGCAGCAGUUUGUGGGCAUGCUGACCAUCACUGACUUUAUCCGCAUCCUGCAGAACUUUUACCAGUCGCCAAACCGUAAGAUGGAAGAACUGGAGGAUCACAGGCUAGAGACAUGGCGCACUGUACUGAAGGACGAGUCUCGCCCUCUGAUCAGCAUCCGGCCAGAUGAGUCGCUAUACGUGGCAAUUCGCUCACUCAUUCAUCACAAGAUUCACCGCCUACCUGUUAUAGAUCCCGUCACUGGCAACGUUCUUUAUAUUGUAACACACAAGCGCAUUCUCAAGUUCCUCUACCUCUAUAUAAACGAGCUGCCCAAGCCGUCCAUCCUGCAGAAACCGCUGCGGGAUAUGAAUAUUGGCACCUACACUAACAUACAGACAGCCAGCCAGGACACACUGAUCAUUGAAGCCCUGAACCAGUUUGUCAAACACAGAGUGUCUGCUCUGCCCAUUGUCGAUGCACAAGGAAAACUUGUGGAUAUUUAUGCUAAAUUUGAUGUGAUUAAUCUUGCUGCUGAAGGAACAUACAACAACUUGGACGUGACACUGCGCAAAGCCAAUGAGUACCGUAACGAGUGGUUUGAACAAGUUCACCGAUGCACACUGGAUGAGACACUAGAGACAGUCAUGGAGCGCAUAGUGAGAGCGGAAGUCCACCGUCUCGUGGUGGUCGAUGAAGAAGGCAGAGUUGUUGGUGUGAUUUCCCUCUCUGAUAUUCUCAAGGAGCUUGUACUCAAACCUUGCAAAGAUACAGAGCCUAAUGGACUACAGUCAGCUACUGUAUCACAGAUGGAAGUUACACUCACAACUUCAGACUUGUCAGCUUCCCCCACAAAACCCUCAACUGAGGAUGGCAUGGAUCCCUCCACUGAGGUUUCCCAGGACUCCUCAGAGAAUUCCCCAGCCGAGCUAAAUAUCAAGGAGGUCGAAGUGACUCCACCAGCAGACGUCAACAUUAGCGUUGUGCGCAAGACAGAGAGUGAGGAUAGCGUGGAGGGAAAGUGGAGCAGUGAUGACCGACUUAGUCAACACUGCAGCAGCAGCAGUGGAAAGGUGGACCAGGAUGCUGCUAAGGCAUCUCCAGCAGACAGUGAGGAAGACGAGGGUCGCUACAGUAUGGGGGAUGCAGAUGAUCCUCCCCAGGCAGAGGUCAUUCCUAUUACAGGAUGAGAUGAUGAGGAUUGAAUGUGUAAAUAGUAUUGGCUUUGGAUAUGUUCAUGUGAGCUAUAUAUACACAUAAAUAUGAAAUGUGUGUGUGUGUGUGUGUGUGUGUGUGUGUGUGUGUGUG